GGAUGGCAGGAAUUUAGAAUACAGAAACGUCAAAAACCUUUCAAAUCAACUAUCCAAAACAUUUAUUCCAAUACCCCUUCAAUUUAUCACUUCUUACGAAAAAAUGCUGGAAACACAAUGAAUAAGUAGCAAGUGCAGCAGUAAACUAGCCAUUCUUCAGAGAAAAAUCUAACCUAUAAAAUGUGUGUGAAGACAAUAUCGGAUAAUGUAGUUAAGAUCGUUAAGAUCCUAAAUUCUGAAUGAUAAUUCUAGAUCAGUAGAUUUCAGUACGUUUAACGUCAACUAAAAAAUAAAUUUAAAAAAUGAUGGAAUCUCCAGCUUGGAACCCUAGAAGAGAUGAAUCAGUGCAUAAAGCAGCUGGAUCAGCCCAGCUUGCGAAAUAUGGCCAGUUUUUCGAAGACUUGGCAGAAACUUCAUGGAAGGAUUUGUCUUCUCUGGAAUAUGUGAUUGAAGGACCCAUCAGGGUUGUUUAUAGGCCAGUUGAGCACAUCAGUAUUUUAUCUUUGGUUGAAACGGAGAACCAGACAUUUUCUAAAAUUCUAGCAGCAAUUGCCGGAACGUGUAGAGAAAUUAGAUUGCUUAAAGCAGAAGCUGUGACUUUUCAUGCAAAGCUUUUUGCUCAAGGGGAAAGAAAUUCUGAGCAAAAGAAUGGCAUUGGAAGUCUUGUUUCGGAUUUGCAAGAUCUUUCUACUUAUGCAAAUAGAGUUUCGACUGUGAUUCAUUUAACGGUUCAACAACUAGCAAGUUUGGCUGAAAAUCCUUACGAAAUUUAUCUUCCACUCUUGAUGGAACACUUGUUGGACUUGUUCCUUAUUUUGAUAACCCUGGACGAAAUAAUCGACACGCAGCCUUCUAUUCUCUCUGAAUGGAAAAAGUAUCGAAUUCAAAUGCGUUCAGUUGCUCACAAUACAACACAAUUUCCAGUUCCAGAAUUUAGACUUCAGAUUUUCGAAAACUUGCUCAAAGAUUUACAUCAUCAACUCUUAUUAAAAACUUUAUUCCUAAAAGCAAUGGAUCGGGCAAUGGACAUCAAUAAGAAUUCAGUUAUGUCUGAUAAUUUUAUGUCCUACUUAAGAAAUACACUUGCAGAUAUCGAGAACAAGAACAGUGAGAAUUAUCCCUUUGAUAAAAAUUGGGCUAGGCUCAAUGUCGGUAUUGUUGUUGCUUCAAAACUGUUCGGCGCCAAUGACAGGAAAUUAAUCAAGAGGAUUCAUGAAGUGAAUAAAAAAUUCUAUGCCCUCACUCUAGCUGGAAACGUUGUUUGGAUUCCUAAUAAACUUCUAGAGGAUUGUUUACCUAAGGAUGUUGUGAGCUCAAUAGGAUCUCAAGUAGGAGAAAAGAUUCUUACAAUGAGAACUCAAAAAUUACAGGCGGUAGCAAAUUCUCUUAUUCACAGAGCCAUGCUGUGGAGCAUCGAAGUUCAGAGUGCCCUCUUCAAAAGCGGAUUUCAAGUUUUACAGAUCGAAAGGCAGUGCUUCCUGCUCAGCGAAGUUUUAACUAUUAUGGGACUCAUUAAGGAAAAUGUCCUUUUUGUUACGAAUUUGCAUGCAGCAUUAUCGAAACCAAUGACCCGCAACUCGGUUCAAUUAAUUUGCAGGCUCAUCGAGGUGCAAAAGUGUCUUGAAACUACAUUUCAUACCUUGGGUCCAGUGAUAGUUCAGUCCCAAUGUAAAGUUCUCCAGCAAGUGAGCUACCACGUUCUCCGAAUCCUGGACUCGAUUCGAAAGGGUUUAACCCAAAAAGACAAAGGCUACAGAAGAGAAAGACUAGACGCUCUGUCCUUAAUUGGAUUAAGUAUGCGACUAAUGGGAGGGCCGGCUACUGCAGAUCGUCGCUUAAUAGUCCGCUGUGCCCUCGUCUGCGCGUUUCAACUAUCCGAGAGUUUCAAGGAAGAGGAGGUUGCCAAGCUAAGACUCAAUUUAGACAACUACGACAGCAUCGCCGAACUCUACGACCGGGUUUCCGAAGUCUGCGAUUAUUCGGUGUUGCUCCACCACAGGAGUAUGGUCUCCGCAUAUUUCUCCUCGGUUCUUGACAGUAAUUUAAACAUUAGUCAUAUUGUUCAUCUCCUCGAUGCUUUCAACACCGCUCUCAGUCGACAGGAAGAAUCCGAAUUGAUAGAGUCCAAAAUAUCCGAGCAGAGGCAGUUGCUUAUGAAAAACAUUCUGGAGCCAGCCUGCAGUCGAGAAAUCGAAAUGCACUUGAGACUUCAUGUUCAAACUCACUUUAAACCCGAUUCUACAAAUCCUUUCAAAAUCGGAGCGAAGAACAGUAGCAGGAUCGUCAGGUCUUCUCCUCUCCCUAUUAACGACAACCUGAUUUGUGUAAAGAGGUUUAUCGAAAAUUAUCUAGAUGACAUGUUUUAUAAUCUAACUACAGUUGCUCUUCAUGAUUGGAAAACGUACGGAACUAUGCAUGCCUUGGCUAAAUAUAAAUUGGGUCUCGAUACUGUGAGGAAUCAUCUGCCAACUCAAACCCUCGAACAGGGCCUUGACGCCUUGGAAAUAAUGAGAAAUAUUCAUGUUUUUGUAUCCAAGUAUCUUUAUAAUUUGCAUACUCAGACGUUUAUCGAACAUACGAGUACUAGCAAGCACUUGAAUACUAUCGGUAUUAGACAUAUAGCCAAUUCAAUUCGAACUCAUGGAAAUGGGAUAAUGAGCACGACUGUGAAUUUCGUCUACCAGUUUUUAAGGAUAAAACUCAACACCUUUUCUCAGUUCUUAUUCGACGAACAUAUUAAAUCAAGACUGAUGAGAGACAUCAGAUUCAUUAAGUCUCAGAGAGAAAGUGGAGGAUCCCCCUACACUUAUGAAAGAGCUGAAAAAUUUCAAAAGGGAAUCAGAAAGCUGGGGAUGACAGCCGAUGGUUUGAGCUACCUGGACCAAUUUCGUCAGCUAAUUACCCACAUUGGAAAUGCUCUCGGAUACGUUCGGCUGAUUAGAUCCGGAGGCCUUCAUGCUUGCUCAAAUGCGAUUUCCUUCUUACCGAAUAUAAAUUCUAAAACACCUUUCGAGGCGAUUUGCAAGGAGUUUAACUAUUCGACGACGACCCAAGCAGCUGCCAGGAGGCUUGAAGAUGAUAUUGUGAAUUUAGUUACAAAUUUCACAGAAGGGAUUCAGUACUUCAAACUUCUCGUAGAUGUUUUUUCUUCUGCCUUCAGAGACGUCAAAUCGUAUCACUUGCAGCAAUUUUAUGCCAUUGUUCCUCCUUUGACACUGAGUUUUGUAGAUAAUGCUGUUUCAAAUAAAGAGAAGCUCUUCAAGAAAGACAAGACUGGAGCCGCUUUUACUGAUGAUGGAUUUGCGAUGGGUAUUGCAUACAUAAAUGCGUUAUUGGACCAGAGUAAUGAAUUGGAUGGACUCCAGUGGUUCGAGACUGUAAAUCAACAUAUAAAGGGUGAAAAGACUCUUGCGGAAAGUAAGGCAGAUCACGAGGAUGAAAAACUACAGCAAACCAGGGCUUUGUCUUUGAAACGAUUAGCUGAAAGAAACGCCGAGUAUCAACUGCUUUAUUAUAGCCUUUCAGGAGCUAGGGUAUUUUUCAAACAGUCUGAUUCAUAGUUUGCUUUUUUAUAAUUUGCGAUAAUGUGGGGAAAAUAAUUCCGCGUUGCAGUAUCUUGUGCAGAAUUCGUGAAAGAAUUAGAAUCAAUCAAAACUUUUAAAUUUGAUCCCCAUAAGUGACAAAUUUGAAUUUUACGUUAGGGUUGAAAGGGGUAAGUGUGAUAACGGGGUUAGUAUGAUUAAGAGAAAAAUUGCAAUAAAAAACAAAUCAGUUAUUAACAUGUUUUGUUACAAAAUAAAGGUUAUAUCUCUUAUCAUUUGUAAAAAAAGGUGAUUGGCCGUAUUUAUUGCAAUAAUAGAUUAUUUAAACAAUGAUUGAGAUGCUUUUGGAAAACUCUAGUUUUUAAUCAUGUCAUCUGAUCUUUUGUUUUUAAUUGUUUCUUCAUAAAGGACCUCUUGUUGAAUUUUGUUAAGAAAGAAGGAAGAUGUUGUAUUGCCUUUAAAUAUACGUUAUUUUAUACGAAAUUUAAUAUUUUUAUUAUUUUUACUGAUAAUGGAUGACAGGGUAAUUAAAAAUCAGACUCAGGGCAAGUGUGACGUAUGUAUUUGUUUUUUCAUGGUAAAAUAUG